GCUCGGGCGGGGCUGCAGCUGACCAUGGCGGGCGAGCUUGAGGGUUCUAAACCUCUGAGCGGGUUGCUAAGCGGCCUGGCCCAGGAAGCUUUCCACGGGCAUCAAGGCAUCACAGAAGAGCUGCUGCGGAGCCAGCUCUAUCCAGACGUGUCACUGGAGGAGUUCCGCCCCUUUCUGGCUAAGAUGAGAGGGAUUCUUAAGUCAAUUGCAUCUGCAGACAUGGAUUUCAACCAGUUGGAGGCAUUCUUGACUGCUCAAACCAAAAAGCAAGGUGGGAUCACAUGUGACCAAGCUGCUGUCAUUUCCAAAUUCUGGAAGAGCCAUAAGACAAAAAUUCGAGAGAGCCUGAUGAACCAGAGCCGUUGGGACAGUGGGCUUCGAGGUCUGAGUUGGAGAGUUGAUGGCAAAUCGCAGUCAAGGCAUUCAGCUCAAAUACAUACCCCUGUUGCGAUAAUGGAGCUGGAAAUAGGAAAAAGUGGACAGGAAUCUGAAUUUCUGUGUUUGGAAUUUGAUGAAGUCAAGGUCAAUCAAGUCCUAAAGAAGCUGUCAGAGGUAGAAGAAAGUAUCAGCACACUGAUGCAGCCAGCCUAGCUGAAGAUGGAGUUGUUGAAGCAAAGGUGUUCAUGAUCCCUCCCCAGUGAGCUGGGGUGUUUUGUUGUUGUUUUGUCGUUGUUUUUUUAAAAUCUUAUUCCCCCAUUAGUAUUAAAUCCUCAAAUUCAAA